AUAAAAUUUACAUUUUCGAAAUUUGUAAAAUUUGUAAAAUUUAAAAAAUUUAAAAAAUUUAAAAAAUUUAUAAAAUUACAAAAUUACAAAUCAUUUUACAAACAUUUAUUAAAGACUAUAAUGUAAUAAGCUUAUGAAACUGGAAAUUCAUGUAUAUGUGUCAGUAAUGAGUAAGAGCAAAAGUGAGUGGUUGAAGGCUGUUAUAUUAGAUAGAAUCCAACGUAUGAAUCUGUGAAUUAUUCGCAAUUGAGCGAAACAAUAAGUUUAGAGUGUGAAAAAAUGGGAUUCGUUCUGAAGAAUUUUGGAUUGCUUUUAAUUUUUACUUUCUUCAUUACGAGCAUAAAAUCGGCACAGGCCACAGAACAAGGAAGAUUAAUUCAAGAAAAUGCGCACAAAAUUGUUGCUGAAGCAGGAAAUGAUGAGAGUCUACAUAGAAUUCCAAACAGGCAAGAUGAAAUUUUAAAAAUAGUGGAACUAAUAGAGAAUGGAACACCUCCAGCUGAUGUGAAUUCGAAUACAACUUCUCUUUCUACGAAUAUCAAUGGUAGAAUUAUAACAAUAAAAGAUACAAUUUACUCCAGUGGAAAUGAAAAGGAGGGUGCAAUUCAUAAUGUUAAAUCUACCUAUGAUGAAGCGAAAAAAAUCGAUUUGUCGAUAAAUACUAUCUUAUGGGACCAGAAUGGAUUGAGGAAGUAUUUUAUUAACGAUGGUGGUUCACAAGUUAUCAGCACGAAUGGCAAUGCCAAAAUUUUUAUAAACAAUUAACAAUUAUUUUCAUAAAAGUAUGUUUUACUAACUUCAGUCCAGUCAUGAAAAUAAAAAUUCAAUGAAAAUCAGCUUAAAUUUA